GCUAUUGUAUUACACUUCCAUAUUUUUCACCUCAAAGAGCGUCUGUCAUGUAAACUACCGCGGUGAGUUCGCUCCUUCUGUGUGAUCUGUCCCCACGCACCGAGUCCGUUUAACAUCCUGCCUCGUCCUUACAGUCCAGGAGAGCUGCUGAUCGCGGGGAAAAUGGCCAACAGUGUAGCUUUCCAGAGCAAGUUAACCUCGAUCAUGGAGAUGCUAACUAAAGCAGCCGUGGUGGAAAUUAGCAAACUGUGGGAGGACGGCUUCGCAUUGGUCCAGGUCGAGCUUCGGAGGAGAGAGAUUGAAAUCGAGGCUCUGAACAGAAAGUUGUUGUUGAUGGAAAAGGAGCGAUUAGCGGCUCGGGCUCAGUCUGCAAAUAACUCCUCAUCAUCUUUUUCCAAGAGAGAGCAGCAGAAUAAGUUGCUGCCGCCCGCCGGUGAUGGGCCUACGAUAGAGUCGGUCCAGACUUUGUCUUCGGAUCAGAGCGUGAGCGAUAAGGUGGAUAUUUCACCAAAUCAGGGAACGUCAUCACCUCCUCAAACAGAAGAGAAACGCAGUGAGCAGCGCAAAUCUGACAGCGAGGGCAAAGAUGACGAAGACUUAGUAGUCAAACUAGAAGACGAGGAUGACGUCCAGAUCGUGGAGCAGGUCGUGGACUCGGAUCACAGCGUUAACAGUGGAGCAGGUCCCCACGAGAUGAAUUUGAACCACCAGCCUGCUGAGGUUGUGGAAGAGCAAGAGUCACAGCAGUGGCUGACUGUUUCGGUGGGAGACAGCGACACUGCGGAUGACUCGGAGUGCUUUUUCGAAACAAAGCAGUUGUCUCAAAAUCUGGACUCCGAAAUCUUGCUCAUUCAAAAUGCCUUGGACAUUUUCGAUAAUUCAGCAGAGGGAGCAUACUCGGACAGGUUUAUGAGGGACAAUGAAACGGUUCAAGGUGCAUCAAGUAAAUCAAGGGCUCCUGUGACUUUCAGCCAGUCUCAGCCAAGUCAACCUAUAGAAGCAAUAAAUCACUCAGAGAGAGGAAUGUCCAUUAGAUUCCUCUCAGAAAAACAGCAACCACAGACUAAAAACAUGUCAACCUUUAACACAGACAACAGACUCUUUCAUUUAAAUGACCCAGAGUUGCACAAAACUAUAGCGGGGCGCCGCAUUAGGGAGAAGUGGUACAUCUGCCCGUUCUGUGGGAAGAGCUUUGAUCGCAUCAGCCACCUGGAGAUACACCAGCGAAUUCACACAGGAGAGAAACCGUACACAUGCGACACAUGUGGCAAGUGCUUUUCUCAGAGGAGUAACCUUCGCACUCAUCAAAGGACUCACAAAGAGGCUCUCACACAGAACGCAGUUUAAUUCAGUAGAUUUUGAAGAAAAGCUAGAAAUAUCUAAGUGGCUUUUAGAUCUAGAUUUAUUAACAAAUUCUGUUUGUUUUUUGACAUUUCUGGAAAAAUAAUGUAGCAGACUGAUUUAACUGUGCCCUCUUUUUGUGAAAUAAACAAAAUUUUUG